ACAGAGGGGACCGACUGAGGCAGAGGCAGACAGCCAGUUGGGCAUUUGCCAUUUAUUUUCUCUUUUCUUCAAUUUUUUCUCUCUCUUAUUUCCAGAAAGGAGGGAGAGUCUAUUGCACCUUUUUGUUUCGUGCGUAAACUGGAUAAAGGGUGUUUUAUCCCCCCCCCUCUAAAUUCUGCGGGGGGACCUCCAACUCUUUCAGCCUGAGCUGUCCAUUUGAGAGGUGGUGGUCUGGGUGGAGUUUUUCCUUUCCCCUUAUAAGCACAUCGGCCCCCCGCGGCGCUCGGAUUAAGUCCUACCAUGAGACGGCUUUUGGAGACGUGGGUCGCCGUGCUGACAGCUUGCGCGCUGGCCGGACGCGCCUCCGCGGGAUACGGGCUGAGCAUGUUCGCUGCGCAGUCCUCCCCGCCGGACCCGUGCUACGACGAGAACGGGAACCCGCGGAGGUGCAUUCCCGACUUCGUCAACUCCGCUUUCGGGAAGGACGUGCGCGUGUCCAGCACCUGCGGCGCGCCAGCGGCCCGCUACUGCGUGGUGACCGAAAAGGGCGAGGAGCGCACGGACGUUAAGCACGCGCGACGCCAGACCCCAAGAAGUCCACCAUCAUCUGACGACCCCACCAAUCGGAGAAUGCGCUGGUGCCGGAAAAUGAUGACCGGUCUGCAGAGUGAUCGCACGGUUACGUACCCGCUGACCGGCGGCCUGAUCGCCUUCAGCACCCUGGACGGACGGCCGUCGGCGCACGACUUCGACAACUCGCCGGUGCUGCAGGACUGGGUGACGGCCACCGACAUCAAGGUGAUCUUCAGCCGGCUGCACACGUUCGGCGACGAGAACGAGGACGACUCGGAGCUGGCGCGCGACUCCUACUUCUACGCCGUGUCGGACCUGCAGGUCGGCGGACGGUGCAAGUGCAACGGGCACGCGUCGAAGUGCGUCAAAGACCGCGAGGGGAACCUGGUGUGCGAGUGCAAGCACAACACGGCUGGGCCGGAGUGCGACAGGUGCAAGCCGUUCCACUACGACCGGCCGUGGCAGCGCGCCACGGCCCGGGAGGCCAACGAGUGCGUCGCGUGCCACUGCAACCUGCACGCCCGCCGCUGCCGCUUCAACAUGGAGCUGUACAAGCUGUCCGGCCGCAGGAGUGGUGGCGUCUGCCUCAACUGUCGUCACAACACAGCGGGGCGCCACUGUCACUACUGCAAGGAGGGCUACUACAGGGACAUGACCAAGUCCAUCUCUCACCGCAGAGCCUGCAAAGCGUGCGACUGCCAUCCGGUCGGAGCGGCGGGGAAAACGUGCAACCAGACGACCGGCCAGUGUCCCUGCAAGGACGGAGUGACGGGGAUCACCUGCAACCGCUGUGCCAAGGGUUACCAGCAGAGCCGCUCCCCCAUCGCGCCGUGCAUCAAAAUCCCCGUUGCAUCUCCAACAUCGACUUACAGCAGCUACGAGGAGCCGUCAGAUUGCGAGUCCUACUGUAAAGCCUCCAAGGGAAAAAUGAAGAUCACUAUGAAGAAGUACUGCAAGAAAGACUUUGCCGUCCAGGUUCACGUCCUCAAAGGCGACAAGGCAGGCGAGUGGUGGAAGUUCACCGUCAACAUCAUUUCCGUCUACAAGCAAGGCGGCCACCGCAUCCGCCGCGGGGACCAGCUGCUGUGGGUGCGCGCCAAGGACGUGGCCUGCAAGUGUCCCAAGAUCAAGCCCGGGAGGAAGUACCUGCUCCUGGGCUCGGACGACGACGCCCCCGGACAGAGCGGCGUGGUCGCUGACAAAGGCAGCCUGCUCAUCCCGUGGAAGGACCUGUGGAGCCGUCGGCUGAGGAAGUUCCAACAGCGCGGCAAGCGGGGGAAGUGCUAAAAUAAAAAUAAAUAUUGUGGGUGAGAGAGGAGGAGAGAGAGAGAUCGGUGCGACGCCUCCCGCCGGGAUCAAAAGGAGAAGAGACAGAUGAUGGAUUAACUGAAAUAGUCAUAAAUAAAAGGGACGAAAAAAUAAAGAAGUGAAGAGUAGGAGAAUUGGUGGAGACUGAGUGCUGCUGCUCUGAGCUGGAGGAAAAGAGAAAAAUGUUUUUAGGAACUUAUUUUUUGUGAGUGUGUGUGAAGGAGCUCACUCUACGGUUGUUCCGUUUCUUGGUCUUUGAGGUGUGUUAUAUCGUGUAAUUGCAGAGUUUGCACCUAAUUCCACAGACACGACUCAUACGAAACCCCUUUCUUAGGCCAUGAUGUCGCUGCACAACAACGCACUUCCCCGCCAAGCUGCAAAGCUCCUUGGGGGGAAAAAAAAACAACUGCUCUGGAGCAUCAUGGGACCGCACGCCCACGUAAGAAAGGUCGUUCCUGCAGAUCUGCCAAACCGUCGGCUACUUUUGCGAAACGUUUAAACCCGUUCUGCUGCCAAUCUCUGAGUGCCAUGUUUCCCGGGAACUUCCUGACCACGUAGGCGCGUUACCUCACUGGGCUCUGGGAACUAAGAGAGGCUUUCUUCUUCCAGUACAACUCUCUGCUCAGCUCUGACCUGCAGUUCAGGUGCAUCUGAAUAUAUUAAAGCAUCGUCGAAAAGUGAAAUCGGUUUGGUCUUUUAAUGCUAAGUUUAAUGGCUAAUAUUUCAAGUGUUCAUUUUGAUUAUCGUAAAUUACAGCUAAUCAAAAGCUAAGCUUAAGUGCUUCAGAAAAAUGUUAAUAUCACCUAAGAUAAGGGUAAUAAAACAAGGUUUUUAUAAAUGUUGACCUACUGAAAGUCAUGUCCAUGGAAUGUCAGAUACAUUCACUCAGUACUUGAGUUAGGAUGAUUUUACGGCUAUGCUAAGGUGUUUAAGGACUAUUAUUGUGCAAAACAAUAUAUAUUUUUUUUAACAUCAUGUUAAAAUGUUACUCCCUCACACUUUAGAUUUUUUUUUUCAUGCAUGUUUGAGAAAUCCUUUAAUCUCCCAUGGCAACCUUUCAGCGCCUGGAUGGACCUAGCCCCGCCUUCGAGACGAAGCUCCUCCUCAGACAUGUCGUUUCCAAGCUUCCGCCUGUCAGAGCAGGCCUCCCUCAAGACUCCCCUCACUCAGCUCCUUCAGACUAGCCGGCAGCAAUUAGCAAACACCUGGUGGAACUGAUCGAUCUGCUGAUCUCAUUACAAGAGCUGCUGCUCAGUGCAAUUUUGGUAAAAACGUCAUUAAAGGGUUAAUAGAGAAGCUGUGUUGUGGUAAUUUCCUGAAGGCGGAGUUUCGGAAAGACCAGGAGCUUCUUAAAGAGACAGAGGCCCCAUUUCAAGGCGUUAAAUUACAAAGUCAAAUCUGUUUUAAGUCACAUUUGAUUUAGCAUUUUUAUAGCAAUUGAAGUUAACAGUGUCUUUAUUGUGUUAUAAAAUGGCGAUAUAUGAAUGGAAAACACAAAAUGCUGCCCCUUUAAAACCCUUUUCUUAGUCGAUCUUAUGUGAUGUCACUUUUUGAGAAUCUUAGAUUUGACCUAUAAUAAGUAUUUCACAGAAUCUGAGUUUUACUUUUGAAACACCAAAUUCACUUUUCAACGAUUUUCCGAUUUAUUGCAGUGCACCUGCGAAAUAACUUAUGGUUGUGACCUCUGCAAUGUAAAGUAACUGUGUGUGUGUGUGUGUGUGUGUGUGCAUACGUCAUUGUUUUGAUCUGUUUGUUUUUUGUAGAAUAUGCCGAUUUUAUUACCUAGAUAGUAGAGUAGACGUGUCAACGAUGCACUUAUGGGUUCUUUUUUUUUCCCACUACCCUAAAGUUUUCAAACUUUUGGGAUACGUCCGCAAAAUGUUCCAAAUUUGUGGAAAAGAUUCGCGCCAGUCGCGUAGCUAGUCUGAAACCUGGCCUGCCUCUCAGACCAGCUGAUGUCUCACAGAAGAAUCUAACAACGGACUAAACUUCAUAACGUCUUUUAGAAACGCCACACGCUCACCUUUUACUGCAGCUCACAAGCCUGAUGACGAUUGUGGAUUAUACACAUUUAUUUUAAAAAACAUUCAGUGUUGAAAAGAAGAAGUAAAGAAAACUCUAUGGAGUGAUAAAAUGUCACAGAUGUUUGUUGUGUAAGUGCGUGUCAAGUAUUCAUCACCUCAAAGUGUCUUUAUAUUUUGACGAAGAGAUUCUUCUGUCUGUACUUGGUACUCGACGUAAAGGCAUGACUGAUUGUCUGUUUGUGAAAUAGCUGUAUAGUGUUACUUCCCUUCUUCCUCCCCUCUUGUUGUUAAACCAUUAACCUGCUAUUCUGUGUCUACAUGUGAACCUAACCCUUGUUUUCAACAUUAGAAGCUUAACGAGCGGAAAUUAAGAAGAAGAAAAGUCCGCGGAGUUGCGCCUCUGUACUCUGCGCAUCGCACCGUUUGUGUUUGACGGAAAUCUGAUUACAAAGACUCUGCGAGCAGGACUGGGCCGAAACGUUUCCUCCUUGUUUGUUUGUUUGUUUGUUUUAUUGUUGUUGUUUUUUUCCCCGAGCCUUGUCGCUGAAAGGUACUUUCCUACCAGACCGCUCGUUCUCCGUAAACAGAGCCCAACAAUUUUCUCCUCGUGUUUAUAUUCCGGCUUGUAAAUGUUGUUAGGAGUGUCCGAUGCAAAACGGUUGUGUAAUGUCUUGUAAUACUAAUAUAUUGUGUUUAUCAUAAAUGAAUAUAUUUAAUGACACAUGA